UAUGCUUAGUUCGGCAAGGUCAAGGGUCAAUGUCACUCACUGAGGAACAGUCUCCAGCGUGAAGAGCUCCGUCUGAAAACAUCUAGAAGGUGGUGUCGACAAAGUUGUAGAAUUUGUACAAACUUACGCCUACUGGAAGACCAAGAUUUAGCACACUAAACAAACACCAUGUAUAGACUAUCACCACUCAUCCGCAGCGCUGUGUCAAAGAAGUUUACUCCAACUUUGGCCAGAUGUUAUGCCAAAGAUCUGAAGUUUGGCUCAGAUGCCAGGGCUCUGAUGAUUCAAGGAGUAGAUCUUCUUGCUGACGCUGUUGCAGUUACCAUGGGACCAAAAGGUAGAAAUGUCAUCCUAGAACAAAGCUGGGGAAGUCCAAAAAUCACCAAGGAUGGUGUAACAGUUGCUAAAGGCAUUGAUUUAAAAGACAAAUAUCUGAACAUUGGUGCUAAACUGGUACAAGAUGUCGCUAACAACACAAAUGAGGAGGCCGGAGAUGGGACCACGUCAGCAACUGUUCUUGCACGUGCAAUAGCAAAAGAAGGCUUUGAUAAAAUAAGUAAAGGAGCUAAUCCAAUUGAGAUCAGAAAAGGUGUGAUGAUGGCAGUUGAUGCUGUUGUUGAAGAAUUGAAGAAAAUGUCAAAACCUGUCACAACACCUGAAGAAAUUGCACAGGUGGCCACAAUCUCCGCCAAUGGAGACAAAUCUGUAGGUAAUCUCAUCUCCGAUGCCAUGAAGAAAGUCGGCAGGGAUGGUGUUAUUACAGUUAAGGAUGGCAAAACAUUGAAGGAUGAGCUUGAGACAAUAGAAGGAAUGAAGUUUGAUAGAGGAUACAUUUCACCUUACUUCAUCAAUUCAUCAAAAGGAGCAAAAUGUGAGUUUCAGGACGCACUAGUUCUGCUCAGUGAAAAGAAGAUCUCGAGUAUCCAGUCAAUCAUUCCAGCUCUUGAACUUGCAAACCAGGCACGUAAACCUCUCGUCAUCAUUGCUGAAGACGUGGAUGGAGAGGCUCUUAGUACACUUGUUCUCAACAGACUCAAGGUUGGUCUACAAGUUGUAGCAGUGAAAGCUCCAGGCUUCGGAGACAACCGUAAGAACACGCUUCGUGACAUGGCAGUGGCAAGCGGUGGCGUGGUGUUUGGAGAUGAAGCAGAUAUGUAUAAACUAGAGGAUAUCCAGAUGAACGACUUUGGUGGUAUAGGAGAAGUCACAAUUACAAAGGAUGAUACAUUAAUGAUGAAGGGUAAAGGAGAUACAGCGGAUGUUGAGAAAAGAAUUAACCAGAUCAAAGAAGAUAUUGAGUUAUCUACCUCAGAGUAUGAGAAGGAGAAAAUGAACGAGAGAUUGGCAAAGCUGUCCAAUGGUAUUGCUGUAUUGAAGGUUGGAGGUACGAGUGAAGUAGAAGUUAAUGAGAAGAAGGAUCGUGUUAACGAUGCUCUCAACGCAACAAAGGCUGCCGUAGAAGAAGGAAUCGUACCAGGAGGUGGCUGUGCACUCCUCAGGUGUUUACCAGCCCUUGAUAAUGUGCAAGCAGCCAACGAAGAUCAAAAAAUAGGUGUUGAAAUUAUCCGAAAAGCGUUGCGUGUGCCAGCACAGACGAUCAUAGGAAAUACUGGAAAUGAGCCAAAUGUGAUAAUAGAGAAAAUCCUAGCAGAGAGUGGUACUAUGGGAUAUGAUGCAUUGGAGGGAGAAAUGACCGACUUAAUGAAGAGGGGUAUCAUUGACCCAACAAAGGUUGUCCGAACAGCGCUUGUGGAUGCCUCCGGUGUUGCCUCAUUAUUAUCCACAGCCGAGUGUGUUGUUACAGAAAUCCCUAAAGAAGAUAAGGCUGACCCUAUGGCGGGAAUGGGUGGCAUGGGCGGGAUGGGUGGUAUGGGAGGAAUGGGCGGGAUGUACUGAUAAGAAAUGCCCACAAACUUUAGAUAAAGUAACAAGUGUUGAAAUAAUGAAGAUAGCUGGAUUAUAAAGAACACCUGAGUGAAGAACAGAUUUUUCACUCUCCAUUGACCAUGUGUUCAGUGUAGCCCAUCAACAAACUGGUGUUCAAAAGUUGAAAAAGUAUGUAUACCAACAAAGAAAAAAGUGUGAUACAAGUUACAAAAAAAGGUGUGUUGACAGAUGUCAUUAAAACAGUGUUUGAAACAUUAAUACACCUCGCGAUCAUUGUUCAUAGACGGAAAUGCACUAGAUCACCUCAUGAAGAAAUGUGUCGGACACUGUUGACGUUUUCAUAUUCAUAUGCCAUUAUUAUUUGCCAGCUUGCAUCAAAAACGAAUCGCCAUGUGAUCUAUCACAAAUUUCUUUAUUUUCUUGUGUGUCUGUUGUUUUGUUGCAAGUGUGUGAUGUUAUUUGUAACGUAGAAUGAUGCAGUCUGUUUCUAUUGGCCUAGCUGUCAACAAAGGUUUUACUACAUGUAAAGCAAUUGUUGAUUUAAAAUACACCAUAACGUGUAUUGAUGUAUUUGAUUCCGGUAUACAUCCUUAGAAAUUACUAACUGAAAUGGCUGGUCCUUUCUGCAGCGGAAUUUUGUAUAGUGAGUAAACAUAUAAAGUAGGUUGAUGUAACUCUUUUAACUGAAUGUCACUUCAUUCGGUCAACUCUCCCAAAUAUGGUCUAGACAGUCUCUUCCCUGGGCUUCUGGAAUUAGAGCAUCUUCUGUAUUUUGCUUUUUCCUCCCAACUCAAAUCACACUGCAGCCUUGUGUAGGAGUUGCCUAUUUGGCCAAAAGGUGGCGGCUAUAAAUAAACCAAGAUAUAUACACAGGGAUAAUGGAAGCUCUUGUCGAGCAUAGUUUACAAACGUCCUGAAGAAAGUUUGGUCCAGUAUCUGUAACUGCUAGGUCAGUUGAAACAGACUGUAUAUAGCACCUGUUCAUGAUUACCACGGUUGUUAUUGUAUGUAAACUAUUUUGGAUAUUAUGUCCCCACUUCAGUGCAAAAAGGGAGUAAAGAACCAGUGUAUGAACUGAGGUGGCAAAUUAUGUUACUGAUAGAAAAUUUAUUUGCUGUUGAUAAUGGUGAAAGCAGUAAUAGAGUAAUACAUUUAUAGAUUAUAUAGGUACUAUAUUUUAAGACUAAUUUUUGUUUCUUGAACCAAAACUGAUCAAUUAAUUUAUAUAACAGAUACCAGUAUGGUAGGGUUAUUAACUUAUGAUUCCAAGGACUGUUUUCUGGAAACAUUAUUCAAGAUAUAUUGUAAUUUAUAUAUGUAACAAGAGAAGUUCCAGUUUCUGUAGAUGUUAGUAUUUUUUAUGCAUGUUUUAGGAAAAAUAGAUUUAAAGAUUCAUUAUGUAGGACCAUGUUCAUUAUGAUUUGAUAAUAAAUAUUAAAAUGUUUUAUAUGCUAACAAAA